AUGGCAGCUCAAAAGCAGCGUAUGCCCUCUUUUGUAAGCAUUCUUUGUGUUGGCUCUUUUGUGUUUUACUGUGCCGGAUUUUUGAGAGUUGAACUAGAGUUACAUGAGCAGAAGAAGAGGAUUAACGCUCUUGAAAACAACGCAGAGUCAAAGCUGCAGCCAUCAAUGGAACCAAACCCCGUAAAGACGCAGCAUUCGCUUUCUGGUAAGUUGUUCCGUUUUCGGGAUUUUAUGUUUAACGUAAGGCAACAGAGUACACAGAUCUAGGAUUAUCACUUAAAAGUUGUAAUGUAAAUGCUUUACGUUCGAGUUAAUAAGUAAAAUCUGCGACCUCGAUUUCCCAUCUUUUAUUUAGCCGAAGUUUUUGCCUUUUUAAGAGCUAUCAGUUCAAAACAUCGUCGAACGUACUGAGGCAUUAACCGGCAUCAACUUUGCUUUCAGAUCGUCAAUUCUUAAGAUGAGUCAAAAAUCCUCAGUCCUCACUGCGCUGACUCGUCCCCAGUCGUCUCCAAGUUUUCUUUACUCUUUUAUAGCUGGCUGUUCGUGCCUAUUCCCUCUGGGUUGGCCUGUGUCCAGAAAAGCUGGUAAACCUGAAAAAAAAACUAGAACUAAAACCUUCCUAGUAAAUAAUUAGUUUUAGUUUUAUUUAGUUUUACCAGCUUUUGUGGACACAGGCCUGCCCAGAGGGAAUAAGUACGAAUGGCCAGCUUGAAAGUCAGACUUUUCCCAGCUCCGGUUAGAGCAGACCCCACCCCAAAAUAAUAAGCUUUAAACUCCAGUGGUAAUUUAAGCUGUUUCAUUAUUUUGUAUUGCAUAUUAACGGCCUUUGGUCAUUGAACGCUAUACACUUAAUGUCAGAUCCCAAGGGAAACAGUUAGUUUUGUUUUCCCGAGAGUCCUGAUGUUUCCCGGUUUACUUGUGUCACGCAUUACUGUUUCAAUGUAUCUUUGCCGGCGAGUAUAAUACGUACGUCUCUCAUCGUUUCUUACCAUUCGCAGGCUAAUUGCAUCUAAGCAACUGCGAAUAAAAUCGUUAAAUUAAACAAUUAUACGAGUCUUGUUUACUCUGUAGUUCAGUCCAGUUUCCAUUCCUAGCCAACGGCUGCGACUAGAUUCACUAAUUUUGACUCUAUUCCGGUCCCUUAUUAAUAAAUAACACUGAUUUCUCUUAUCAUCGAGUAUCUACACAGACGUCUUUGCGGCUUUGUGCUUGUGUCGUUGUGAAGUUUUUUUUUUCUUAGUGUUUUUUUUUUUACGGUGGAGCCACCGUAGUUUUUUCAGAAGGAUGAGGUACUUCGCAUCAAAGGUAUAUGCAAAGCAGGUCUCAUAAUGAGCUUCGGGUUUAAAGCAUAACACGAUUUUGUCAAACUCAAGAACUUUAAUCUUUGCAACUACUCCUUGUUAUUUUGUAACUAUCUUUUAUUGGGCCGGAUUUUUCAGUGUUAUUGACGGACCUGAACGAGAGGAUUCGGUGAACUUCAGUUCCAUGAACUGAAAUAAGUCUUAAGUUGCCAACGAACGAAUCGAAUCUUUUGAAAGAGCUUAACAAAGAACCCCGGAAAAGGUUGAUUGUCAAAAGUAGUCGAUUAUAUUUGAAAUGUCAUCAAAAACAACAAAUUUAAUUAACUAACUAAUUAAUGGACCAUUAGAGACAUGAUUUGAUUAAGCUGAUUCCAAUUGCGGAGCUGUUAUCACUCGUUUUAGGCAUCGUCUGCUGAUAAUUAGUUAUCACAGUUAGAUAUUUGGUGGAGAAACAUUAAUUAAUUUAUUUCUAGCCCAUUCCUUAAUGAUGUCAAGGAAGACAUUUGAUAGUAUUCACCUACUCAAGGCUUAGUUGCGUGUAUACGCGUCUUUGAGCUUUGAAUUUAUGUUUCGCGGUUCUUUCACCUAAAUCAUUUGUCUGAUUAUUUACCCCGUAACGCCGUCAAUCGUCAUACUGGUAGAUACUGGUAGUAACUGGUUCCACUCGAUGAAUUGUAAAGUUUAUACUGUACAGUCUUCUUUUUACUAUGAGGGUUGAACAUGACAAUAAAGGGUGUUUCUCUUCUUUUUAGAGCUUCAGCCCCUUGAGCUCCACAGAAACAAACGUCAGGUUGAUAAAGUGAAUAAGACGCUUAAAAUAAACAAACUCAUAUCAGAGUUAGAACCGCACAUCUGUCAAUCAAAGGGUGUCAUGUGUUCACCAGGACCUCCAGGUCCACCCGGACCGAGAGGAGAGAAAGGAACCCGGGGACGAAGAGGACAGAGAGGGAGACAAGGAAACAAAGGAGAUCAAGGAAUUAUGGGAUCACCAGGAAAAAGUGGCAAGCAAGGCAUCAUGGGACCUAUUGGACCACCUGGCGUAACAGGUCCGAAGGGACAAAAAGGAGACAUUGGGCCUGCAGGCAUGCCGGGAUCUAAAGGAGAGCCUGGUGAAUCAAUUUUAGCACCCUCUGUUGUUGUUUCUCCCGCAAGGUCAAAUACAAACGAAACUGGAUCAGCCACGUUUAAGUGUUCAGUUAUUGGUAAUCCUAAACCUACAGUAGUUUGGAGUAAAUUACACAGUCAAACAAAUAUUAGCCAGUCAUUGGUUUCAGGAGAGACUUUGCGUUUACAGAACUCGAAAGGAAGUGAUGCGGGUGUGUAUAAAUGUUCAGCGGUAAACAUCUUGGGGCAGGCGCACGCAGUUGGUCACCUUAUAGUGAAUGGUGAGUUGUUAUUCUUUUUUGCAUUUUUUAUUGACUAUUAUCUUAUUGCAAGGAUUUACUUUGCGCACCAUACAAGAUGAAGGAUGAGGAAAGGUAUUACGUAGCAACCUUACAAAAAAACGCAGGAGCGAUAUCAAGGUGUAGUCAACAGUAUCUUGCAGAAACUAUUUUUCAUUCAACUAACGAAAAAAAGCUCGGAAUUAAUUUUUUUUUUGCAGACCCUCUAAAUAUAAGCACCGUAGGUCAAUACUUUUUUUUUAGCAAAUUAAAUGUAUCAUGACAGUAUAAUUUCUCGCUUGUUGCACUACCUUAGCAGGUGCUUGCUCUUUUUUUCUAACAUGCCCUGAGGACGAAAUUAACCCAACCUUGGUCUGCAAGUUCGUUUGGUCAUUAAAAGCUCGCAGUUUAUUAAUGUUGUUGAUGAGUUCGAAAUCUUAAAUCAUAUUGAAAGAAGAUUUCAAAAUAUUUGCCCUUAGUAAGACGUGGUUACGUUCCUCUAUCCUAAGUGAUUUGUUUUACAUUCCUGGUUCAGCAUUGCCAAAAUUUGGUUUCGGACUUGUCUUAGGGUGAGAAAAAUGUCUUGCAGCACACCCACUUAGGCUUAAUUUGCUGAGAAUUAUUAAGUACAAAGUUGACAGGACUACUUUAAGAAAACUUUACAAAUAUUUGAUGCGAAAACGCUCCGUUUCUUUGUCAACUUGCUGUUUGGUAGAACGUUCUGCAACACAGUUUUUAUCUUAGCGAAUGCAAAAAUGACUGACCAUUGCUCUAGCUGCUGCAAUUACUGGUCACGAGAAACCACUUAACGCCAUUUACGUGGAGGUUAUAUUUUUAUCCUGUCGCGCAUUUAUGAUGUAUAUUUUCAGUAUUUACUAACGUCGUAUUCAAACCCAGGGUCCAAUCGGGCUCUGCAUUGCAUGGCGAAGUUUUUUUAUCCUUCGUAGUGUAUGUUUUAUUACUUUUUGCACAUUUGAAAUAAACUGUUUUCUUUCUAUAAGGGAAGAAUAUUAGUCCGGAAAACCAAUUGAACCUUUUUGAGGGUAGUAAAACACAUCUCUUUUCCGUUUACAGUUCGCCCUUCCGUAUCUCUCGAUCCAGGACCUCAUUAUUUCGUUGAAGGAAGUAACGCCAUUCUUCCAGUAUGUCACGUGACUGGACAUCCCACACCCGUGGUCACGUGGAGCAGAUCAUUUGGCCAGCUACCGCAGGGGAGGGUACAGAGUAACAGCAGUGUCAUCAAAGUUGUUGGUGUCCGUAAAGUUGAUUCUGAUAAUUACCUCUGCACUGCGACUAAUCUGUUAGGAAGUGUCGUAAAAAGAACUCACUUAGUUGUGGUCUCCCUCCCUCGGUUUACCGUUAAACCUCGCGCGAAAGUUCUUGUAUUUCUUGGUCUUGUUAUGACGUUGAACUGCAGCGCUACUGGUGAUCCUCAGCCUGUCAUAAGUUGGAAAAAACAAGGAUUCCAGCUGCCUCGUGGAAGAAGCCAGCAAAUCAAUGGCGCGUUAGUGAUAAGAGGUAUUCGAAAGGAGGAUACAGGAAAUUACAUUUGUACUGCAACAAGUGCAGGAGUAUUCAGUGUAGAAACUGUGGCCUACAUUGAGGUUCAAUCUCAUGCUAAAGGUUAGUUAUGACCAUGAUUCCUAAGAAUUUAUUCAGAACAAAGAUUUUUGAUUUUACUCUGUCCACUAUAUAGUUUCUUUUUCGGUUGAUGACUCGAUCUUUCUACUACAACGGAUAGCUCAACUUAGGUAGUUCUCAUGAAGAGAACGUUUUGCUUUUCGUGACAAAUAUAAAGGAAGAUCCUUUUUUCAUUGUGAUAAGCGAUAGGCCAAUACAUUUUUCUUGUUUAUUGCAGUUUUCAAUUGAACCACUAAUAGUUUUUCAAGUAAAUAGAUUGAAGCAAAUAAAUAAAUAAAUGAUUGUAAGUAUCAAAUUAAAGCAACCAUGUGUUGUAUUUCUACUACGGAUCUUCACUUAUGCAAGUAAAAAACUGAAAUUCAAUCUUGAAAAAGCCCUUAGGUUUGACUGCACAAAAGAGAUUCAGAGAAAACGGCCUUAGCAAACUUUUAGCCACUGAGAAAGAGGAAGAAAAAACUAUAAAGGAGCUGGUAUGGCCGAAGUGGAAUUGUUUUGAGUAUCUGUGUAGCAAUACAAAAUUAAUUUUAAAUUAAUUUUGAAUUAUUCCAAAUCUCUCACACUGUCCCUUUUGUCUCUGCGUCAUAUAAAUUUAAACGUCAUCUAAAUCUGACGAAUAAUUAUUUUAAUGGCUCCAAGUCCUCAGACUGAAAAUAAAAGGCGAAGGUAACCUGGUACUUGCUGUUCCAUCCGAAUAGGUUGUUAUUCAUUUACUAAGAAUAAGGAGCUAACCCUAGCAAACACAAAAAGGAUCUACGCUAUAUAACGUAUGCCUUGUUUUGUUGUCAGUUUUUGUUCUUGUUCUUAUUUUUUCGUGGCAAGAAAAAAGCUCACACAAAAACGCUCGCUAAAAAGGCUGCAAGCUUUACUCUCUGGGACGAGGCAACGUAUAUCUUUGUUUUACUAUUGUUUAUACCACAGCGACUGUCCAAACAAGCUCUUUCUAUCUUGUUUUAUCAGAUUGCUCCGAUCUGUUCAAGUCCGGCCAUAAUCAGAGUGGGGUGUACUCUGUGAACCCAGACGGAAAAGGAUCCUUCAAUGUAUAUUGUGACAUGCGCACUGAUGGUGGAGGAUGGAUCGUGUUCCAGAGAAGACAAGAUGGCUCGGUAGACUUCUAUCGCGGCUGGAAUGAUUUCAAAUCAGGCUUUGGUCAGCUGAUAGCUGAGCUCUGGUUAGGAAACGACAAGAUCCACAGGCUGACAGCCGCUAGACCCAGUACCCUGCGAGUCGAGCUAGAGGACUGGAACGGAGUAAGAGUAUACGCCAAAUAUGGCCAGUUUAAAGUUGGUGAUGAGCAGGCGAAGUAUCGACUUGAGGUGGGUUCAUGUUCAGGGACGGCGGGGAACUCUUUGCUCGGUUCAUAUAACCUUAAUAACAUGGCGUUUACCACAAAGGACAGAGAUAAUGAUAGAUACGGUGUCAACUGUGCGGUGAUCUUUUCUGGUGCCUGGUGGUACAACGCCUGCCACAACUCCAAUCUUAAUGGGAAAUACCUGGGACGAAAAUAUGAUUACAAAGGAGUCGUGUGGAAUGAAUUCAGAGAUAAACUUUCACUCAAAUAUACUGAAAUGAAGCUAAGACCGUCAUAUCAAAAA